AUGAUGGAAUUCAGACAACGAGCAAUGCAGGAUGAAAAGGUUGCGAAGGACAUGACUCCAACAAGAACUUUCCUUGCUACCCUUGUUGUCUCUCUUUCGUUCCUUGGCAUUCCUCACGGAGCGACUGACCACCUCGUCGGGGACAAGAUAUUCAAAGACGCCUUCCCGAAGACCUGGCUGCUCGUGUUUGUUGUGGUUUAUCUUGUGAUGAUGGGGAUGGUCAUAGCAAGCUGGAUGAUGGCGCCGAUCUUCAGCCUUGCUGUCUUUCUCGUGCUGUCUGUCGUACAUUGGGGGUUGGGGGAUACAGAAUGUGACAUCGUUCCUUCGGUGUUGCAGCCUGUGGAGGUUGUGGUAAGGGGGUCGAUCCCGAUCUUGCUCCCGAGUGUGUUGCAUCAAGAUGCUGUCUCGCAGAUUUUCUCCUUCCUGGUGGGGAUGCACGGGGAUACACGUAGUGUUAAAGUGAUCGUGAACGGAAUGGCUUCGAGCAUGCCUCUCUUCCUGUUUGGCUGGAUCGCUUGCUUUGCCUAUCAUGCCUUUCAGGCUGUGAGGCAUAUGAAUGCUGCGGGAUGUCAGGACUUGAGGAUUGGAAGCAAGGAAAUAAGACAUUUUAUUUCGGCGGUGGAGCUAGUUUCACUGACAGCCAUGUGCUCGCUUUGCGCGCCCUUGGUGUCCUUCAUGAUCUACUUCUGUGUGUGGCAUUCGUGUCGGCACAUUCUGUGUGUAGCAGCAUCAACGUUCGACAGCAGCAGGUGCCUGCGCGCUCUAAUGAAGUUCAGUCAGCAUGCUCUGCCAUUUACCAUAGCAACGCUUCUCAUGGCAGGCGUGUGGUACUUGAGACUGGAGCAGACCGAGUGGGACAAGGGUGAACAGGAUGGCAAUGGGGUGGAGCUGAGCAGCACGUUGAGAAAGUUCGAUGCUCUUUCCCAGGUGAUUUUCGUCGGCCUCAGCGCUGUCACUGUGCCGCACAUGAUUGUUACAGAGCUAUCCAUGCACCCACAAGCUUGUCUUGACAUGAUUUAA